AUGAACAAUAAAUCUAUUAAUCAACAAGAUCAUCUCCCUUUCCCUUUAUUUAAUUAGAAAUUUUUCAAUGAAUACUCUUAGGAUUCAUAAUUAAUUGGACAUCUUAAUUAAGAGAUGUUACAUCUAAAUCAUAAGUGUUCAUAUAAAUGGAUGAAUUAACCAAAAUUAGAAUGGACUCUUGAUGAUGAUAUUAAAAUACUUGUUAUUACAUGGAAUAUGCAUGGAAUUAUACCUGGUUACUCUUUAAAAAGACUAUUUAAUAUUUAAUAAGUUCAUCAUGAUUUAAUUGUAAUAGGCACUUAAGAAUGUUCAAGAAGUAUAGCAGUAUCACUUCUAUGUGAAUCAAAAGGAGGAUGGGAAUCAAAAUUGAAAGAUGAACUAGGUAAAGAUUAUGUUAAAGUCUAAUCUACAACACUGAAUGCUAUGCAUCUUAUUGUAUUUGCACAUGUAUUAUUGGUACCUAAAAUUAAAAAUGGAAGACCAUAUACACUUUCAUAAGGUUUUAUGGGAAUUGUUGGUAAUAAAGGAGGAAUUGCUAUCUCACUUAAUAUUAAUGAUAAAAUAUUCUUAUUUGCUAAUAGUCAUCUUGAAAGUGGAUAAAAUGCAGAAACUAAAAGAUAAACUUAAUUUUCUAAACUUGAAACUCAUUUUGAAAAUCAAGUUUUCUAUAAUCAUAAAAAUGUAUCAUAUGAUUAUUUGAUAUGGACUGGUGAUUUUAAUUCAAGAAUAAAUUAAUAAAUAACAACUUAAACUAUUAGACAUCNUCUACUAAAUAGGAUUCAAUCUAAUAAACAAUAAUAAUAUUAUUUGAAUACAGAGUCAGAUUAUGGAGAUUGUAUUGCACUAUCAAAUCCUGAAAUAUCUAUUAAUUUACUAUAUAUUGAUCAAUAAGAACUUUAUACUUUUUUGAUUCUUGUUAGAAUAUGUUUUUUUCCAAACUUUUAAUUGAUUGUAUAUUUGUAUAUAUUGUAGGCACUUUCAUAUCACUUCCACUUAAUUCACUAGGCUACUAGUUUGAUGGAUUUAUGA